UUGGGAAAUGCGUACCGCCACGGUCUGUUGGGCCUCGUGAAAUCCGAUAAGAAAACCGCGAAGAUCUACCGGCGUGCUGUGGAGCUCGGAGAUGUGCGGUCGAUGGUAUCUCUUGGGAGAAUGUACGAGCAUGGGGAAGGCGUCAAGCUGGACAAGAAGAAGGCGGAGCGGCUCUAUCGCGCGGCAGCAGACCGGGGCCACCCAGACGCGCAAUGCAAUUUGGCGUUUUUACUUGAUUCUGAGGAGAAGUAUGAAGAAGCGUUCCCGUACUACGCGCUCUCGGCGGAUCAAGGUUAUACACGUGCAGAGCACAACCUUGGCUGCUGUUACACGCUCGGAAAAGGCACGGAAGUCGACCUCGGCAAAGCCAGGUACUGGUUCGAGCGCGCCGCUGCCAAGGGC